CAGUGGCCUCGCUGGCUGUCCAUCUAUUGCAUCCAAACACCUUUCUUUCUCUCGUCUUGUCUUUACUGUUGGCGCCUUGCUGUAUCGUUCAACAUCCGACUCCGGGGCAUCGGAAAACGCGCUCUAACCCCAAAUCUAUCAGGGCCAAAACGUCACCGCCGCCAGCUGUCCUGUCGCUUCCAGUCCAAAACUCUGUGCAGUCUUCUGCGGGAUUUUAUUUCUAUUUUUUUACUGUCACCUCGAGCAUCAAGAUCAACAAACAACUCUCUCUCUCCCAUCCUCUCGACAUCCGACAGAGCCCAACAGCGCUCUCCCGCCUCCACACCCCAGUAGUGAUCCGACAUUCUUUCCACAGCCGCGCCUCCACUCUCGUUCCUCUCUCCGUCACAUCUCGUUUUCGCCGUGCGCUCUAGCUUUUCCCUGAAAGGAGAAAAGGCAUUCACGUCUCUGGUCCCGGCCUCAUUCCCAGUCUUUCACGUCAGCCAACCGCAGGCAGCACAACCCACCACAAAGACACCGCGUCUUCACGCGACGGCCUGCCGCUCUCUACUUUCCACACUCCCCUCUCGGUUUCUUUCAACCCGCCUUCGCCACUUCUGUCUCUAUACGCGCCCAUACGCCAACGCAAGAUCUGAGAUCAUAGGCAGGAGGUCAGAAGUUUGCAAGGGACUGCCUGGAGAUCAAUGAACAAGGGUCGAUCUUGUUACAUCAAUCCUGCAAAACGCUGUCCCAAGGCCCAGAGCGCUUGACUGUCCACACUCUGUCUCUGCCACACUCCGCUUGUCACUUCCCGGCAAUUCAUAGCGACGGACUCGUGGCCUCUCGCGGAUUCCAGCGCAUUUGAAACGCAUCAACGCUCGGGCCACAAACCUCCUCGAGGUCUCUGCAUCACGACACAAAACAGGUUUUGCUGUCAGGCUCGAGAUCUUGCAUAUCCACGACAUGCCUGCUCUCCCCACGCCCCUUCCACCUACGCCAACACCGUCAAUACACUCGCCUACCAUGCAGAGCAGCGCCGAGCUCAACACGAGCAAAUCUACAAUCAUGUCAGAGCAGGACCAGCCAAUCGCCGGCCCGUCGAAGAGUGGGCAACAGACAUCCUAUUUUCCACAGCCUUACCUGCCACCGACACCGCCUGUGCAGGACGGCGAACAACCGGGGUCAGCGGCCUCGAUCAACUUUGUUGAGCCCGUGAUACCGCGCAGAAGAAAUCCGUCGGCACGCAGACCCCUUAGCGCGUACCCUCAAGACGAUGAAGACCGCAUUCACCCACCGUCGCGAAAGUAUACAGAUCCGACGCCUGUGUCACACCUUCCGUCAAGUGAUGAUGAAGAGAGCGGCGAUUCACACCAACUAGACGUUGACCUCGAUGCGUACUCCAACACUGGGUUCGAAACCGAGGAGGAACCAUUGGAGGAUAGGGAACCGACGCUGAGCUUUGUCACUGCGUCCACCCAUGAGUCUACCGCGGGUACGCCCCCCAUGAGUAUGACAUAUAGCUUUCCCGGCCAAGUGGAAGAGGGGAGAGAUACAGUCGAGCCCAAAAUACGGCUACGCUCAACAGCUGGUCGUGGCGCAAAUACAUAUUCCUCUGCAGAGUCGUCCAUCGGCUCUGGUCCAUAUUCUUAUCACGCCUACGGAGACCAGAUCUACCAGCAAAACCCACCGCCUCUACCCCAGAUGCCAAGUGGCUACAACUCCUCCAUGGGUCUGGGCAUCUCAACCGAGUACUCUUGGCCGGCGAGUUUGGCCUCUUCGCAAACCAGCCGCCCGCCAGUCCUCUCCCCUUCAAACACUUUUCCCCAUCGACCAUGGAAGCGAGACGUGGUUACCAGGCUCCGGAGUGGCUCAGCCUCUUCCGCCUUCACUGUCGCUUCAACUUCCACCGAUGCUUCUGAUGGGUCGUCAAGUCGAGCGAAUAUGCAAGAUGGAGCUUUCCAUUACGACUAUGAUGGUCUACUACCGUAUGAGCGAGAACAGGCGGAGCCGGAAGCGCUUGCGAUGAUUAAGGAGGGCAGAGAGAAGAUACUGGAUGUGGAAAAGAUUGAGGCUCUAGGGGGUGUGGAAGCUAUAGAUCAGCACAUGGUCCAUUCAUUAGCUGGCAUCACUCAUCUGCUUCUUCCAUCGUGUGGGCCGCAGAUAGUUGGCUUCCUUUCUCCCUUACUCUCAGUACUCGCGCCUUCGCUGGUUGUACUUGAUCUGUCAAACAACAACCUGUCUGCCAUCCCCGAUACAUUGCAGCACUGCACGUCGUUGGAAGAGCUGAAUUUGUCGGACAAUCCCCUUUGGAAUAUCCCCAAUUGGAUUGGUGCUCUUGUGGGUUUGCGUGUGCUGGUCAUGGAUGGAUGUGGUAUCUCGAGUCUACCCGAAGAAAUCUGUCAUCUACAUGCGCUUCACUCGAUUUGCGUCCGACGAAAUAAAUUGGUGGCUUUGCCGACAUGGCUAUGCCUUCUGGCUCAACUAGACACUCUCAAAGUCGACAACAAUCCCUUCACCCCCGAAUGGCUCCGCAUCAUCCCUCCUAUCCUCGAGCCACCACCUCGGAAACUCCCGGCUGCUGGCAAGAGAAACUCUCAUCACCACCGCCAUCUCUCUAUCAACAACGGGCUGAGAACACCAGUAUCGGCGACACCUAUCACAUCACCCACCUCAUCGGCUGGUCAUACAGACCAGGGAAUGGCCAGCGGACCUUCUUCAUCCGCUCAAUCGUCCUUCUAUCAAGCGGGUCUGGGGCCUAUCGCGGAAGACAAUCACCCUCAUUCUGCGCCUAUCAGAGCGGAUGGAGAGGAUCUCCCAUUCCCGGGAAUGAUGCCUGAAGCUCAAGUUUCAAGAGGUCUACGGAAAAUGCGUUCUGCGGGUGCACUGCUCAACAAGAUGAACCAGUCUGUGGGCAGCCAAUCCCCGAGCAUCCGCCCCCGAGACUUGAGCCCACCCCCGACAGAUCGAUUUGCCAGUCUGGGCGGUAGCGAUGGACGACGAGCGGCGAGCGCCAUGAGCAACUACGCGGAAGACUCUUCUGAGCCGACUGGCUCAAGGCUUGGCAAAAGCUCUGUUCAAAAACCGGGCAAGCUUGGUGGCUUCCUCCGGAAGAUGUCUAUGAACCGCCUUCGCCCCGAGAAGGACAAGAUGGCGGCUGUCGCAAGCUCUGCCGCUAGCAAUCUCAAGACUAUGCCCGCUCUGCCGCCGAUGCGUCAUCAGCAUUCAGAUCCUAUCAAACCUGUCGCCAUACGGCCGGGGAUGCUGGGCGCCAUGUCGUCAGCUACGUUGCCCACUCGCAAAAUCACGGAUCUGCACAUCUCAGACUUUGGGCCCGUGAGCCUUGUCCCCACCGGGCCUUCGACCAUGCCCUUGGCCGGGCUACCUUUCCCUUCACAGAUGGGUGCAAGCACCUCCGGGAUGGGCACAAGCAAUAACACCACCAGUCUUCGUGGCAAGAGAAGAAGUUUCUUGCCUCUCGAUGGGCCUCCGUCGAUCAACGUACAAAUCCCUACGUCCGAAUUUCACGACCCACAUGCUGCGGAAACUCCAGUCCCGACAUUGACCAUGGAAGCUCCUACUCCUCUGGCUACUACCCCGCCUCCGAUCAUGUCUCAGGCCCUUGUUGAGUCUCCUGUCGCUGAGAAUGACUAUGAUGCCAAGUAUGCUCAGGGCUUGGACACUAUCAAACUCAUUCUUCGGGAUCUCCAUGACUUGUCGCGCAAAUCUAUUCCCCAUGACACAUUCGCGGCCAUGAGCGGGGUCGGAAGUGCUGAUAGCAGCUACGCUACGUCCUCAGUGCUUUCUGAGCAUCCCGGAUCUCCCAGGUCCGUGGAUCGCGAUUCUGUCGUCGACGUACAUCGUGCUAGGAGGCACACCUUGGAACGAGACUCUAGGGAGCUGUCGAAUGGCGGUGGUGGAUAUGUGGACCUUGGCGAGAAAGAGCCUUCGCUGUCGGGCAAGAAAUUCAAGAACGACAAAUCCAAACGGGCCAAGAUCAUCCACGAGAUUUGGGAGACUGAGCGCACCUAUGUUCGCAACCUUGGGGAACUUGUGACCAUCUAUGUCAAGCCUUCUGCCAAGGUAGUCAACCCCAACAAGUCUGCUGUCGAGACCGUGGUGCCUUCGUCAGAGCGCAAAAUCGUUUUCGGCGGCAUUGAAAGUAUUCUCGCUAUCCACCGAGACAACUUUUUGCCAGCUCUAGAAAAGGUCGUCAAGACAUUGAUUGAGAGUGAAGGCAAGGCCGAUGACGGCGAGAUGUCGAUCGAGACUGCGUAUCGCGUCGGUGAGGUCUUCAGGACCUACAUCGCCUACAUGAAGCAGUACUCUACCUACAUCACCAACUUUGACAAUGCCCUCGCUCGGAUGAAGACGUGGUCCGGUACGUCUUCUGGUACAUCGACACCAACAUUCCCUGGCAAGGCAGGCUCCAAUAUGUCCUCGACGGCUAUCAAUGCUGGUAUGAGUGCCAUUUCUCUUCCGUCUGCUGCUCCGACUGCUUCUGGUCCACAAAUGUCGUCCAGUCAAAAGAAGAGGGUCAAGGCGUUUUUGCAGAAGGGCAAGGACCACCCUAUGCACUCGCAGAUCAGUCUCGAGAGUUACUUGCUCCUUCCGAUUCAGAGAAUCCCGAGAUACAAGCUCCUCCUAACUGAACUUGCCAUGUGCACACCUGCCCGAGCCGACGGCUUCCGCGAUACUCUCGAUGACGCCCUGAUUGAAAUCUCUAGCCUCGCAUCGUUGAUGAACGAGGAGAAGCGCGAUGCCGACUCUAGACUGCGAUUGAUCAAUUGGCAGAAGCGUUUCACCAACUCUGGACGUUCCCCUCUCGUGCAGCCGCACCGACGUCUCAUGUUUGAGGGGCCUUUGACUCUGUCUCGGAUCGUCAAAAAGGCGUCCAACUUUGCCGAGCGCGAAACCAUGCUCGAGACCGAUGGUGACAAGACCAUUACGUCUAGCAAGACCGUGGUUCCUGUCGAUCACGUCGUGCCCGAGUCGGUGGAGAGGGAGGUCAUGUUGAUCCUGUGUUCGGAUAUGAUGGUGCUUGCUACACAGAGAGGCGAAGGAUGGGAGGGACCCGUUAACGUUUUCAAUGUGUUGAGAAUGGGGACUUUGCAAGAGCCAGCUAGCGUGACAUCGGGGAAUACCUUGAGAGUAGUGGACAACAAUUCCAUUUACUACUUUACUGGCAACACUCGGGAUACUAUCAUACAAUGGUGCCGAGCUAUCAAUACUGCCAGGCGCUGAGCGGAGAUGGAGGGAGAUAAGGUGUGCUGGGGACAUUGACGAGAUGAUGACUCUUUACGAAAGGUACAAGUAUAUAUAUGACGGACUUUCCGUUUCGUGUUCUUUUAGGUCGAUUCAAUUUUGUAUAGUAUAUACAACAGUCUUAGAAUGGCAGGUCGACAUUCACGGGCAAUUCAGAUCAAUUGCGAUUUCCAUAUUAUAGUCACGAAGAGCUGCCCACGCCAGCCAUACACAUGCAUACGACUAUGU